AUGAGCAACACCACCGCUUCUCUCCCCGGACCGACACGGUUCGCACUCACCAUGUUCGCACUAUUUAUGGGCAUGUUCACCGCAAACCUCGACUCGACCAUUCUCGCCACAGCCAACCCCAAAAUCACCGCCGAGUUCCACAGCCUUAGCGACAUUGAUUGGUACGGCUCCUCAGCGUUCCUCACGUUCGCCGCCUUUCAAACCACAUGGGGCAAAAUAUUUAAGUACUUCCAUAUCAAAUGGGCCCAUCUUGCGACUCUCUUCCUCUUUGAGCUCGGCAGCUUGAUCUGCGCUGUCGUGCCCAACAGUGUUACUCUGAUUGUUGGCCGCUCUAUUGCAGGUAUUGGCGGCGCUGGUCUCUGCACAGGAACCUUUGUUAUCAUUGGGUACACUGUCGAGCCGAAGCGGCAGCCUAUGUUCAUGGGUGUUAUGGGUGCGACGUACGCGCUUGCCUCGUUUGUUGGGCCGAUUGUUGGUGGUGCGUGCCGAGACUGUUACGUGGCGCUGGUGCUUCUGGAUUAA